AUGUCACGUGACCUGUUCACCCGGCGUGACCCGACGCCGUACAGCGACGGGGAGCGGAGCGACCUCAGCUCGGAGCCAGAGCUUGACCGGCCGCCGCUACCCUACCUGCCGUACCCUGCAGCGUACCCCACAGCGUACCACGCCGCGUACCAUGCGGCGUACUCGACGGCGUACCAGGCGACGUACCCGGAGCCGUUCGGCGCGGCGGAGUACCCGGCUGAACAGGAGGAGCCGCUGAACCUGACCCUGCCGCGGCCCGAGUCGCCGCCGCCGGCGCCCGUCCGCUACAGCUACCUGGUCCGCCGCAGGGACGAGCACGGCGCCGAGCACGUCACCUACCUCACACCGGAGCGGGCGAGCGGCGCCGAGGGGGCCGGCGCAACGCGGCGGCGCAAACACCGCGCCACGCGCCGGCUGACCUUCGAUGAGGAGAAGAGCUCGCCCAUCUCUGGCACGCUGAUCCGCGACCUGGCUGAGGGCGAGACGGUGAGCGGCGACAUCGACCCGGCGCUCAACACCGUCGAGGUCACGGAACAGGCGCGAUCAGAGCUGGCCAAAAUCCCCAACCGGAUCGGCGAGUACGCCUGCACGCUGUGCCGCACCGUGUACGAGGACGCGUUCACGCUGGCGCAGCACCGGUGCCCGCGCAUCGUACACGUCGAGUACCGGUGUCCCGAGUGUGACAAGGUGUUCAACUGUCCGGCCAACCUGGCCUCGCACCGGCGCUGGCACCGGCCCCGCGCCGAGAGGACGGCCGAGCGGGCGGCGGCCGCCGCUCAGGAGGUCACCGACGACUCCCAGCCGCGCUGCUACCUCUGCGGCAAGGCCUUCAAGCGCGCCGCCGCCCUCAAGAAGCACAUCGAGUCGCACGCGGCGGAACGGCUCGGCGCGGCGCUGCCUGGUGGACGUCUCGACUACCUGAGCCUGUAUGCUGACCAAAAGAUGUCGCUAGCGCUGCCUGGCGCCGGCCUUCUGACGGUGGCACCAGAGGAGUUCCGGGAUCGGUCACCAGUCCGCUAG